CCCUCAGUGUAACGCUGCCCUGCAAUGUAACAUUCAGAGCCCAGGGAGAAACUGGGAUGUUUCCAAUCUUGCAUAAACAAAUGUUUGAUCAAAUUGUAGGAUCCUUGGACCUGCUAUUUCCUACAGUAAGAGGGGGAAAAGGCUGGGCUUGUUGUGCCCAAAUUACUGUUUGCUGGUAGAGAAAAGAAUCUCCGCUUUGCAGGGAAGGGGGGGAGGAGAACACACAGUUCACCUUAUGUUUGAAUUGAACUCCCUGGGGCAUCUGAUUUCGGAAACAUCUUGGGUUGAAUUUUGGGAAAUCAGAGCUGCUCCUUUGCAGAGAAGAGUGGCAGGAGUCAGGAUAGACACCACUGGUCCUUACAAUUCACCUGGUUGUAUUAAGAGCAGAGGGCAGCAAGAUGCAUCUACUUUUUCCUAUCUGUCUGGCUCUGAUAAGUGCAUUGGGAUGGACAGGAGGUGCCACACAAGCUCCCCCGGAGCAGCUCAGCAAUGGCACAGGCCUGAAUCCAUUGGCCAAGAAUGGAGUGAAACUGAGCCCUGGACAUGGAAAGGAUCCACUGAGAAUUAAGACAGGAGCAAGGAAAAGCCACGGCAGUCAGAGGAUGGGAUCCACGGGCUUGCCAAAGGUAAAAGUGCCGGUGCAAACUGUCUCACCAGACCAUGGAAGGAUACAGUUACAAAAGAGUGAGAGAAAUGCAAAACAAAAGGAGAAGACCUUGGCGAAGAUGAAAGACGGAACUGUAAAGAUGACCCCUAGACCAGUAAUGGACUUUUCCACAGUGGCAACCACUAGGCCACCAAAAAGAAAAGAGGAGUCUAAGGACAAACCGUUGGACCGGAAAAAGUCUUCCUCUGAAAAGAAACAAGAACCAAGGAUUCAAAAAAAGGCAAAAUCUCCAGCAACUACUGACAAACCAAAGAAGGAACCACUAAGACAAGAGAAAACGACACAAAGUGCAGCAAAAAAGGCGCUUGAACAUCCAUCCAAGGAGGAGAAGCACAUGAAAGAACAACCAGAUACCAAUGUGGCUGACAGUUUGCUUCCAGUCCCACCUAUUCUCAGAAUUCCAGUCCAGCCAACAGAGUAUCCCAUCCCAUCUCUCCCCUUUGGGUGUCUGCUCUCAGAGUCUACCAUCGCGUGUGCAAAUACAAAGAUGAAGUACCUGCCGCUAAUGACUGACCUUGGGCUAAAGACACUCUUCUUAGCUGAGAAUGAGAUCUCCAAGCUGCCAGCAAGAGCCUUCUCAGGGCUGCCUAAUCUGGAGUGGCUGGAUCUCAGCAAGAACAAGAUCGAUGAUUCGGGUUUGUCAUUUGAUGUCUUUAAAAAUCUGACAAAGCUGAAACGUCUUAACCUGGAUGGAAACCGCCUGACUCUGCUCCCAUUUCUGCCUCCAUCCCUUCAAGAACUGAAGGUCAAUGACAAUGAACUCAAGGAACUGGACAAGCACAGCUUUCGGGGGCUGAGCAACUUGCUGACGCUUGAAUUGGAAGGGAAUCAUUUUCAUGAUGGCAACGUCAACCCAUUGUCUUUCAAGCCCUUGAAGAAGCUGAUCUAUUUACGGCUAGACCGCAAUCAAUUCCGAGCGAUCCCGUCUGGGCUACCGGCAUCUCUGCAGGAGCUGCAUUUGGACAAUAAUCACAUUGAGAUUGUGCCUGAGGGGAUCCUCAAUAAAACCCUUAACCUCAGUAUUGUUGUGUUGAGCAACAAUGUGCUACAGGAACACCGCAUUGCUCCUCGGGCUUGGAUCGAUCUUCUAAACCUGGAAUCUCUGGAUUUGUCUCAUAACCAGUUAGUACAUGUCCCAUCCUUUCUACCUCGAGGACUGAAGCAGUUGAUCAUGCACCACAACCAGAUUGAGCGGAUCCCAGGUUAUGUUUUUGCCCACCUUAAACCAGGUUUGGAGUUCCUCCAUCUUUCCCACAACCAUUUGAGAGACGACGGCAUCCACGCAAUAUCCUUCUUCGGCCUGUACAAAUCCCUUCACGAGCUUCUGCUUGACAAUAAUUUGUUACAGUCUGUGCCCCGUGGAAUACUAAGCUUGAAAUCCUUGCAAGUUCUUCGCCUUAGCUUCAAUAAAAUACGGUAUGUACCACUCAAUUCAAUAUGUGACACUAGAGUAUCCGAAGACUCCAACCUUGUCUCUGUCCACCUGGAAAAUAAUUUCAUCAACCGCCGGCUGAUCCCACCUACAGCAUUUUCCUGUAUCAAGACUUAUUACAGUGUAGUUUUGCGCCCCCAGCAUGGUGAAUAUGAGUACUAUUAAAUAGCAAAGACAGAAUCCACAGUUUGCCAGUCUGGGCCUGAAUAUCCUAAUAUUUUACAUUAUUUUUCUAAUACACAAGUUCCAGUGAGCCACAUGACACAAAUUACAUUACUAAGAACUGAUUAUAACUGAUGACAUCGCUGAAUACCAUUUAUUGCUGAAUAUACAUGGCUUUUGUGUAUUAUAAGGGAUAAUGUAACCCCUGUUUUAAUUUAUAAGGAUAUUAGAAGUAACCAAGGAGUGCUGUGACCAUAUAAAGA